AUGCUGAGACGAUAUAACAUAAGUCCAUUUUGGUUUGCAAUAUUUUUCCAAUUAAUAUACGUAGAAGUGCUGUCAUAUGAGACAAAAACAGUUCAACUUAAUCCACAUCCAACUCCUGACCAACUAGCUUGGUUAGAACAAUCAGAUAUUGGCUUUUUGAUUCAUUAUAAUAUGGCAACAUUCAUACCAUUUGAAUAUGAUGGUUGUAAUCGUGUGCCAUCAUUAGUGCCGGAUAUCAAUCUAUUUAAUCCUGAUACAGUGGAUACAGAUAAUUGGGCACAGACAUUUAUGGAUGUUGGUGCUAAAUAUGCUAUAUUAGUAGCUAAACAUAACUGUGGUUUUACAACAUGGCCAACACAAGUUAAAUUUCAAUUAACAACAAAUGAAACAAUACUUUAUAAUUACUCUAUUUUGUAUAGUCCAAUAUCGGAUACAGAUCUUGUUAGUAGAUUUGUAGAUUCUUGCCAACAAGUUGAAAUCAAAACUGGAUUGUAUUAUUCAAUUAUAUGGAAUAAUUGGUUGAACGUACAAGGUGCUCGUGUUCGACCUGGACCACUAGCACCUGGUCAAAUACCAAUUACUCAAGAAACAUAUGAAUCCAUCGUUCUACAACAAUUAGAAGAAAUAUGGUCGAACUAUGGGCCUUUAUUAGAAAUUUGGUUUGAUGGUGGUUAUUCACAAUCAUUAAAAAGUGGAAUAUUAGCGUUACUCGAAGAGUAUCAAGCCACUGCAUCCAUUUUUACUGGAUUUGAGCUGA